AUGAUGAUCGUCAAUCAAGCUAAUUAUAAUAAUGAUAAUCAAGAACCAGUUGCUGUUAAUCCAUCAACAGUACGUUCACUCAAUCGAUUAAAUCGAUGUUCAACAUCGACACCACUUGCUAGAAGUAAUGAAUGUAAACUUGAUGUGCAAAAAUUUUGUAAUAAAAUAAAUCAACAAUUAAUUUCAAAUUUAAAAGUAUUACAAUGUGUCGAUAAUCUUGGUAAUGAUGCCAUUUUAAUUAGUAAAGAAUGUCAACAUAUAAUUCCACAAUGUCUUAAAGAAAUAUUUCGCUUGACUGAAAUGCAAUCGGAUGAUUAUAAUCUUGAUCGUGUUUUAUUUUAUGCAUGUCAUGAUGAUCAAGAAAAUUUAUGUAGUCAAGUUUCAAGUGGUAAUGGACAAAAUUAUCUUUAUCUUUAUGAGAAAAAACUUAAUAUCAUGAUGCCAUCAGCUGUAAUUUAUUAA